AUGACGAAAGUAGUAACCACAAACAGCAGCAGUGAAGUAGAGACCUACAACGAAGCAGCAGUAGUAGAACCACAAACAGCAACAGUAGCAGCAAUACAAACAGUAGCAGUGAUGGAAUACAAAAGCAGCAGCAGUGCAACGGUGUUGAGACCGCAAGCGGCGGUAGCAGCGACCACAAGCAGUGGCAGUGGUGGAAUACAAGCAGCAACAGAUGAUGAGACCACCAACAGCAACAGUGGCAGCAAUACAAACAGCAACAGUAGUAGGGCCACAAGCAGCAGCAGUGGUAGAGACACAAGCAGCAGCAAUGGCAGCAACACAAGCAGUAGCAGUAGUGGUAAUACAAGCAACAGCAGUGAAGUAGAGACCACAAGCGGCAGCAGUGGCAACCACAAACGGCAACGAUGA